UCUCUCGCUGUUUUGCAGCCGCCCCGGCCAGGCGGGGACCCCGCUCGCUCGCCCGCCCCGAUGGUGCCGCGCUGCCCGGCCAGGGCCGUUCCCGGCAGCCGCAGCCUGGCGUGAGCCCGCGGCUGGUGAGCGCCCGGCGGGCCCGGAGCAGGAGCGGGAUGGCCGGAGCCCGCGGCUGGCGCUAGGGGCUCGGGUCCUAUUGCACCAGCCCCCCCCACCCCCCCCAGUCUCCAGCAUCCUCCCCGCGGGCGGCGCCCCGGAGCCGCGGGGGGUGCGGCCGCCCCUGCCCUUUGUGCGCGGGCGAGGGGCGCACGGAGCCGGGCUCCCCGGGGUGGGACCCACCGGCGCCCGCUGCUGCUGCAGCCCAUCCCCCGUCCUGGGCCAUGAGCGCCCCCUUCUAGCCGCGGAGCCGCGCGGGUCCCCCCCCCCGGCCAGCCCCCGGGGAAGAUGUCUUCGCGCACCGCCCUGGCGUCUGGCAACGAGCGGAACUCGGACGCGCACUCCACCCUGGCCAGCAGCCGCUCGGAGAAGGGCUCAUCGUGGUCCAGCCGGUCGCUGGGUGCACGCUGCCGGAACUCCAUCGCCUCCUGCACCGACGAGCAGCCCCACAUCGGCAACUACCGACUCCUCAAAACCAUCGGCAAGGGCAACUUCGCCAAGGUCAAGCUGGCCCGGCACAUCCUGACAGGCAGAGAGGUGGCAAUAAAAAUCAUCGACAAGACGCAGCUGAACCCCACGAGCCUCCAGAAGCUCUUCCGGGAAGUGCGGAUCAUGAAGGGCCUGAACCACCCCAACAUCGUGAAGUUGUUUGAGGUGAUAGAGACGGAGAAAACACUCUACCUGGUGAUGGAGUAUGCCAGCGCUGGCGAAGUCUUUGACUACCUCGUGUCACAUGGACGGAUGAAGGAGAAGGAAGCCCGGGCAAAAUUCAGACAGAUCGUCUCGGCCGUGCACUAUUGUCACCAGAAGAACAUCGUGCACCGAGACCUGAAGGCAGAGAACCUGCUGCUGGACGCCGAUGCCAACAUCAAGAUUGCUGACUUCGGGUUCAGCAACGAGUUCACGCUGGGCUCCAAGCUGGACACGUUCUGCGGGAGCCCCCCCUACGCCGCACCCGAGCUCUUCCAGGGCAAGAAAUACGAUGGGCCCGAGGUCGACAUCUGGAGCCUGGGGGUCAUCCUCUACACGCUGGUCAGCGGCUCGCUGCCCUUCGACGGGCAGAACCUCAAGGAGCUGCGGGAGCGAGUGCUGCGAGGCAAGUACCGCGUCCCCUUCUACAUGUCCACAGACUGCGAGACCAUCCUGCGCCGCUUCCUGGUGCUCAAUCCUGCCAAGCGCUGCACCCUGGAGCAAAUCAUGAAGGACAAAUGGAUCAACAUCGGCUACGAGGGCGACGAGCUGAAGCCCUACAAGGAGCCUGAGGAGGAUUUUGGGGACACCAAGCGCAUCGAGGUGAUGGUGGGAAUGGGAUACACCCGCGAGGAGAUCAAGGAAGCCUUGAACAGCCAAAAAUACAACGAGGUCACGGCCACCUACCUCCUGCUGGGCAGGAAGAACGAGGUGGAGGGGAGUGAGUCGCACACAGGCAGCAGCCUCUCCCUGGCCCGGGUGCGGGCGCCCAGCGAGGUGUCCAAUGGCACCAGCAAGUCGUCCUCCCAUGGCAAGAGCCAGCGCGGCUCCUCCACCUACCACCGGCAACGGCGGCACAGUGACUUCUGUGGCCCCUCGCCGGUCCCCAUGCACCCCAAGAGGAGCCCCACAAGCACCGGGGAGGCAGAGCUGAAGGAGGAGCGGAUGCCCUCGCGUAAGGCCAGCUGCAGCGUGGUGAGCAGCGGGCGCGGGAUCCCCCCCUCCAGCCCCAUGGUGAGCAGCGCCAACAACCCCAACAAAUCCGAGAUCCCUGACCGGCGCAAGGACAGCACCAUCAACACGAACAACAUCCCGUCGAGCGUGAUGACGCGGAGGAACACGUAUGUGUGCACGGAGCGGCCCGGCGCCGACCGCCACUCGCUGCUGCACAACGGCAAGGAGAACAGCUCCAUCGCCAACCGGGUGCCCCCCGCAUCGCCCUCCAGCCACAGCAUCGCCACGUCAUCCUCGGACCGCACCCGCCUCUCGCGUGGCACCACCAUCCGCAGCACCUUCCACGGGGGCCAGGUGCGGGACCGGCGUGGGGCCGUGCAGAACGGGCCGCCCACCUCUCCCACGCUGUCCCACGAGGCCACGCCGCUGCCCCAGAGCCGCAGCCGCGCCACCUCCAACCUCUUCAGCAAACUCACCUCCAAGCUGACGCGGAGGGUCACUCUUGACCCGUCUAAGCGGCAGAACUCUAACAGGUGCGUCUCUGGCGCCUCUGUGCCUCAAGGAGCCAAAAUCAGGUCGCAGACGAACCUGAGAGAAUCGGGGGACCUGCGCUCACAAGUUGCAAUUUACCUUGGAAUCAAAAGGAAGCAGAACCCCGGCUGCUCCGAUGUACCUGGAAUGUGAAGGUGACCAGCACCCACCCCCCCGAGGCCAUGAUGGCUGCCCUGCGCCAGGCCACGGACUCGGCCAGCUGCUGCUGCCGCCAGCUGGAGCCCUUCCUCCUGUCCUGCACGCAUGCCAAGAGCGCCAGCGAGCACUUCUGCCACUUCGAGGCGGAGGUGUGCCGGCUGCAGCGUCUUGGCCUCACCGGCGUGCUCUUCCGGCGCCUGGCUGGCACCUCGCUGGCCUUCCGCACCGUGGUGACGAGCAUUGCCAGCCAGCUGCAGCUCUAGAGCCCUGGAUGGCUCCCCACGCCCAGCGGCCUGCCCGUCCUCACUGGGGGUGGGGGGUCCCCCCAGGCUCCCUGGCCUGGAGCCAGUGCAGCCCUGGGAUGGAUCUGGCCAGCAGCUCGGCCUGUAGGGGAAAUGCCCGACUCCUCUGGCCUGUGAACCCGGCCUGUCCUCUGCUGGGCCUAGGCCUGGGGCCUGCCCUGCUGCUCAUAGGGGCUCACAGGGAGAGCAAGGGCACCGGGCUCCGUUCCUCUCUGGGGCGAGGGGCUGGGCCUGGUUCUGCUGGGCUGGGGCCAGGCCCAGGGCUGCCCCACACACAGUGGGGCAUGCCCAGCCUAGCACAGGAGGGGGCUCCCCAGGCCAAUUGUGGGGUGUCACUGAGCCACUGGCCCCAGUGUAGUGGGGGCAUUCCCAACGUUGGCAGGUGUUGAGGUGAUAGCAUUGGCAGGGACAGGGCAGGGCCCUCUGGGAGAGGCAGGGUGGGAUGCUCUGGGUGGGGGGGCUCAGGGCACAGUGAGGCACUCCAGGUUUGACAGGCCACUGUGGGCUGAGGGUAGGGACGGGGGCUCUGGGCUGGGGGCGAUGCAGUGGGGCCGGAGUGAGAAGCAAGACGCUCAGGACAGCAGUGUAGCCAAUGGACCCACCAUUUCGGCCGCCUCCAGCUCUGGGCCGGAGGGGAGCCCCAUCUCCCUGGGUGGCCGAGAGGUCACAAGUCUCCCCAGUAGCAGGGACGUGGCCCCCAGCACAGGGACAAGGGGCCACCCCCUCUAGGCACAGCAGUGCUGAGCAGGUGCCAGGGCGAGUGCUGGGUCCCCGGGGGUGGUCCCAGCCUAGACCGUGGCAAUGACUCGGGCCCCGGAUGCCCCUUGGGUGGGGGUAGGACGGUGUUGAUUGAGCUUGGGGGCAGGGGGGAUGGAGCUGGGAGCUGUGGGGCAAGUGCUCACCCCUGUUGCCUAGCAGCCCCGCCAGGGCAGCACGAGAGACUGUGCUCUCUCCCUGGGGGCAGCUCUGACCCCAGCCCUCCCUCCCCCUUGCUUGGCUGCCUCAGUUCAGGGCCAGUGGCUGAGAGGGGCCCUGCAGGCAGCCCCUGGGGAGGCUGGACCUCCAGGGGGACUCGGCGCUACUCGGGGCACAGCCCCCUUGGCGGGCAGGGCCCCAGGUGGGCCAUGGUCUCACUGGAGCUGGUACGACCUGGGGCCUGGCACGGCUGCACCUCCCAUGGAUGGGCACGACCUGCCCACACGUGCCCAGGGCUGGGGGGGUCAGCCUGGCCUCAUGCCCUGCUUCUGCAGGGGCUGCUGUGGAGGGGGGGGUGUUGAUCCAAGGGGCUGGAGGCUGGGAGGAAUAAAGGAGGUUGUAAGCAAGGCAGCAGGGGUCCUGGCCAUGGGGCUGGAUGGUGUGUCUAGGUGGCAGGUGUCCUGGCAAUGGGGGGGCACCCCUAGGUGGCAGGCAUCCUGGCUGGGUGGGGGGUCCCAGCUGGGGCCUGUUGACACCUCCCCUCCCCGUUUUUUAAAGAGCAGAGCAAAGCAACAGGCAGCUCCCGGGAAAGCCCUGGUGGGUCUCCCCCCACCCCGGGCCGGGCCCUCCCCUCUUGUACAGCCCCUGUAAAUAGCCCCGGAGUCCCUUCGGGUUGUGUAGAGUACCGAGCCAGCUCGUAGCCUUGGGACAUUUUUAAGUUAUUCCAGCCCUGUGCGCCAGUCUGUAUUGACCCCCAAUAAACAUAGGAAGCCUC